CCCAGACACAGGGGGACAUCUGCUCGGGCUGACGCACAACGUGUCCCAACUACGUAUUUUUUUGUUUUGUUGUUGUUGCCUGUUUGAGAUUCCUUCUUGGAUGGCCUGUAACAAAGAUUGUAUCUGUACUGGGUUGAGUCUAUCAAAUAAACAAGAACAACGUGGGGCUAAGUGAGAAAACAGCGUAUAAAUACGCAUGUAUAUAUUUUUUACGGCUCAUACUAGUGCACCCACUUCGCAAACACACCACUGCAGCAAGCAAGCGAAACUCAGGUGGUGGGGCAAUGUUUACACUGACAUCCUCCUGACCAGUCCAACAGUUACCCAGGCCCCCCUCCCAUUCCCCACCUCUACCCCCUUCCACAACCUUUCCACCCUUCACUAUGAAUGAGGCCAGCGUAGUCAGGGAAGGAUGGCUCCACAAGAGAGGUGAGUACAUCAAGACUUGGAGGCCGCGCUACUUCAUCCUGAAGAGUGACGGCUCCUUCAUCGGCUACAAAGAGAAGCCUGAGCUGUCCGACCAGAGCUUGCCCCCUCUCAACAAUUUCUCAGUGGGAGAAUGCCAGCUGAUGAAAACGGAGCGGCCCAAGCCGAACACCUUCGUUAUCCGCUGCCUGCAGUGGACCACUGUCAUCGAGAGGACCUUCCACGUAGAAAGCAAUGCUGAGAGAGAGGGGUGGAUGCGUGCCAUCCAGGCAGUGGCCAAUGGGUUGAAGGUACGAGAGGAGGAGGAGCCCAUGGAUCUGUUUGGUUCUCCCAGCGACAGCGGCAGCAUUGAGGAGAUGGAGGUGGCCAUGUCCAAGACCAACUCUAAAGUGACGAUGAGUGACUUUGACUACCUGAAGCUGCUGGGGAAGGGCACGUUUGGCAAGGUGAUCCUGGUCAAGGAGAAAGCCACGGGGAUGCACUACGCCAUGAAGAUCCUGCGCAAGGAGGUCAUCAUCGCUAAGGACGAGGUAGCGCACACGGUUACGGAGAGCAGAGUGUUACAGAACACCCGGCAUCCCUUCCUCACGACACUGAAAUACGCUUUCCAGACUCAUGACCGAUUAUGUUUUGUGAUGGAAUACGCCAACGGAGGAGAGCUCUUCUUCCACCUGUCUCGGGAUCGUGUGUUCACGGAAGACCGGGCCCGUUUCUAUGGCGCUGAGAUCGUAUCUGCGUUGGAGUACCUCCACUCUCGUGACGUGGUAUACAGGGACCUGAAGCUGGAGAAUCUAAUGCUGGACAAUGAUGGACAUGUUAAAAUCACAGACUUUGGGCUGUGUAAGGAGGGCAUCACGGACGGUGCCACCAUGAAGACCUUCUGCGGCACCCCGGAGUACCUGGCGCCGGAGGUGCUGGAGGACAAUGACUACGGCCGGGCGGUGGACUGGUGGGGCCUGGGCGUAGUCAUGUACGAGAUGAUGUGCGGUCGGCUGCCCUUCUACAACCAAGACCACGAGCGGCUUUUUGAGCUCAUCCUCAUGGAGGAGAUCCGAUUCCCCAAGAACCUGGCCCCAGAGGGCAGGGCCCUGCUCAGCGGCCUGCUCAAAAAGGAUCCCAAGCAAAGGUUAGGGGGAGGACCGGAUGAUGCCAAAGAAGUGAUGUCCCACAAGUUCUUCACCUCCAUCAACUGGCAGGACGUGGUAGAUAGAAAGCUGACUCCGCCCUUCAAGCCUCAGGUGACAUCAGAGACUGAUACACGUUACUUCGACGACGAGUUCACGGCACAGACCAUCACCGUCACGCCUCCAGACAAGUAUACCAACCUGGACUGUGGCAUCCCCAACCAGCCAGCACACUUCCCCCAGUUCUCUUACUCUGCCAGCAUACGAGAGUGACCCCGUCUUUACCAUACACACUGAAGAUAUGCAUAGCGCAUCAGUUCACACUCUCAUCCACACACACACACACUUUCUUGUAAAAAAAAAGACUGCAAGCUUGAGACUCCACACAGGCCAAUGGAUCUCUGGUCACAGCGGGGAUUUAAGUGCCUAGUCUUGCAGCCAUCUUGUCUGCUCAAACCCCGCCUACACUACAGUCACGCACAACAGCAGCCUGUGAACUGCACAGGACCUCAUUCAAUACCUCACGUCGUCAACAUCAGCAGCAGUAGCAUAUCAUCCAGGACACUACUGCUCCUCACUGGAAGGUCUAGUACAGGGCUGCCCAUCCCUCUUCCUGGAGAUCUACCGUCCUGUGGGUUUUCAGUUCAACCCUCUUCCUGGAGAUCUACAGUCCUGUGGGUUUUCAGUUCAACCCUCUUCCUGGAGAUCUACCGUCCUGUGGGUUUUCAGUUCAACCCUCUUCCUGGAGAUCUACCGUCCUGUGGGUUUUCAGUUCAACCCUCUUCCUGGAGAUCUACCGUCCUGUGGGUUUUCAGUUCAACCCUCUUCCUGGAGGUCUACCGUCCUGUGGGUUUUCAGUUCAACCCUAAUUUAACACACCUGAUUCUACUAAUUAGCUGCUCAACAAGACCUUAACUAGCUGAAUCAGAACGGCUAAAUUAGGGUUGGACUGAACCUGCAGGACAGUAGAUCUCCAGGAAGAGGGUUGGGCAGCCCUGGUCUAGUACCUAUAGGUGAUCCUAUAGGACACUACUGCUCCUCACAGGGAGGACUAGGACCUAUAGGUGGUCCUAUAGGACACUACUGCUCCUCACAGGGAGGACUAGGACCUAUAGGUGGUCCUAUAGGACACUACUGCUCCUCACAGGGAGGACUAGGACCUAUAGGUGGUCCUAUAGGACACUACUGCUCCUCACAGGGAGGACUAGGACCUAUAUGUGAUCCUAUAGGACACUACUGCUCCUCACAGGGAGGACUAGGACCUAUAGGUGGUCCUAUAGGACAGUACUGCUCCUCACAGGGAGGACUAGGACCUAUAGGUGGUCCUAUAGGACACUACUGCUCCUCACAGGGAGAACUAGGACCUAUAGGUGGUCCUAUAGGACACGACUGCUCCUCACAGGGAGGACUAGGACCUAUAGGUGGUCCUAUAGGACACGACUGCUCCUCACAGGGAGGACUAGGACCUAUAGGUGGUUCCUAUAGGACACUACUGCUCCUCACAGGGAGGACUAGGACCUAUAGGUGGUCCUAUAGGACACUACUGCUCCUCACAGGGAGGACUAGGACCUAUAGGUGGUCCUAUAGGACACGACUGCUCCUCACAGGGAGGACUAGGACCUAUAGGUGGUCCUAUAGGACACGACUGCUCCUCACAGGGAGGACUAGGACCUAUACGUGGUCCUAUAGGACACUACUGCUCCUCACGGGGAGGACUAGGACCUAUAGGUGGUCCUAUAGGACACUACUGCUCCUCACAGGGAGGACUAGGACCUAUAGGUGGUCCUAUAGGACACUACUGCUCCUCUGAUUUGGAUGGAAUUGAGACACUGAUCUCUUACACUCAGUUUUCUUUCUUGUUCUCGCUCUCUCAUUUUCGUUCUGUGUCUGUCGCUCCCUCUUUUCCCCUCUCUGUACCCCCUCAUCCUUCUCACGCUAACCCACUCACUCACACUGCUGGGUAGAAGAAAAAAAACACUGAAGUGAUUCUUGUUUUCACAAAUGAGAAAGAAAAGUUUUCUCUCAAUCUCUCAUUGUUACAGUUUAUAAGGAGUCAUAUUUCUGUGAUUUAUCCAAGUGCUCUUUUCUGUAACUAGCUGUUACCAAUAGUGUUGAAGUGGUCCUACUGGAGGGGGGCAGGGCGGUCGUGGUAAACUAUGAAGCUGUUUCUCUGUCAAUGUGUUUGUGUGCUUGGAGAAAAGGUGGGACAACCAAAACUGAAUGUCAGCAUUUUGUGUGUGUAUGUGUGCGUAUGUCAGUGAAGUUGUGUGAGCGCUCAAAUGUAAGCGAGCUUGACGUGCAUUGGUAUCAGUAGAAUAAUUGGCGACAUCACACAACAGAGUUUUUCCGACUCGGAGCUCAAAAACUUACUCUGGAUUUCCAAAAAGCGAUGCAGGAGGGAGUACUACUUUAACUGUAAUUCAGUGAAAUGAACUAGUAUUGCGCUUUUUUUUUUGACUGGGAUCGUUGUGAACAGAACUCAAAGUUGCUACAGAGAAAAUGUAUGAAUGAAUCACUGUACAAGGUGUGUAGGUACGGAUUUUUAAACCCUGUUUUUAAUUCAGGACUUGUCUCAACACAUCUGGUCUUUGAUCGAGACGCACCAGGCAUGUGAUUUACAACGGUCGACUAGCACUUAGUUACUUAAGCAGACCUCUUUUUACUCCAAUUAUGAGAUUUGUAUGUUUUAUUCUUGUUAUUUUGUUGCUUCGUUUCCUCUUUCAAAUGUCAUAAACGUCUGCUGUACUAUCAAAAAUGGCCGCACAGGUGGUGUAGAGUGGAUCAGUGACGGGGCUCCGUUCUGGCCACAACAUCAGGUGGUGUAGAGUGGAUCAGUGACGGGGCUCCGUUCUGGCCACAACAUCAGGUGGUGUAGAGUGGAUCAGUGACGGGGCUCCGUUCUGGCCACAACAUCAGGUGGUGUAGAGUGGAUCAGUGAUGGGGCUCCGUUCUGGCCACAACAUCAGGUGGUGUAGAGUGGAUCAGUGAUGGGGCUCCGUUCUGGCCACAACAUCAGGUGGUGUAGAGUGGAUCAGUGAUGGGGCUCCGUUCUGGCCACAACAUCAGGUGGUGUUGAGUGGAUCAGUGACGGGGCUCCGUUCUGGCCACAACAUCAGGUGGUGUAGAGUGGAUCAGUGAUGGGGCUCCGUUCUGGCCACAACAUCAGGUGGUGUAGAGUGGAUCAGUGACGGGGCUCCGUUCUGGCCACAACAUCAGGUGGUGUAGAGUGGAUCAGUGAUGGGGCUCCGUUCUGGCCACAACAUCAGGUGGUGUAGAGUGGAUCAGUGACGGGGCUCCGUUCUGGCCACAACAUCAGGUGGUGUAGAGUGGAUCAGUGACGGGGCUCCGUUCUGGCCACAACAUCAGGUGGUGUAGAGUGGAUCAGUGACUUCGUUCUGGCCACAAAAUCAGGUGGUGUAGAGUGGAUCAGUGACGGGCUCCGUUCUGGCCACAACAUCAGGUGGUGUUGAGUGGAUCAGUGACGGGGCUCCGUUCUGGCCACAACAUCAGGUGUGUGUUGAAUGUAGUGAUCACGCCUGCUCCUCUUCGUAUUCUGUCUGACUGCUGACAGUCACUGGUCAACGAGAUCCAGGUUUUUCUCUGUCCUGAUAGUCAUGUGAGCCUUGUGUCCAUUGUGUGGCGUUUGGAAAUUGUUUCUGAGACUAACUAUUAUUGUUUUUUUGUUUUUGUCUAGUUCUGUUGUUUUCCACCUCACUGUUUCCCUGACCCCUUUUGAAGACAUUGCUACUCAUUUAACAUUCAUAAAUGUAUAAUUCAAUGAAAUAUUUCAAUUUAAA